UUGUUUAACUCUCCUGGGAGCAAGCCGUGAGUCCUAGAGGGGUAAUAAUUAUUAUUCUAAUUCUCGCCAAAGACUAGAGUGCAAUAAUCCAAGGAUUCAGGAAACGAUUGCACAAGCAAAGCUCUUCUUGGCACUGAGGCCUCUCACCAAAGUGAGAGGCCAACAUUUUAAGAACCUCCGCCUUAGGCCAGCGGAGGAUCAAGAUUAAAUCAACAAGCCCUGAAGUGUACAGGACUGGCUAGAGACAACAGAAGAACGAUUGUUCUUCAGUCACUGAGAUAUAGCUCGCAAUAGCAGCGAGAAGGGCAGCUGGCAUUGUCCCAGGGGAGGAAGAAGAAAGCAACCCUGAAGUAGGAGAAAAGACACGGGAAUUACUGCGCCUCGCAGAGCUCCCUGCGACGACUGGUAUACCACUGUGAAGCGCAGGCUGACCAGCACCCGCAGUGUCCUUGCAUCCGGCAUUCGCCGCCUUAUGUGGUGCCUGGAGAGGCUCCGCUUGGGUCCCGAGCGCCUCCUGAAGGGCAGGAACGGGAUUCUUCGGACCCGGGGCCACCAAGUCCGGGUCCUCACGCCCGCCGCGUGGGAAAACGUGCUCACCCCGGACCGCAUCCCUGAGUUCUGCAUCCCCCCGCGACUUGCGCCGGGCACCGCCCUGGCUGCGCUCCGGGUUUCCUGGAUCCAAGCGGCAGAAAUCGAGGACGGGGCCGGGCACACGGACUGGGACCCGCUCUCGCAGGCCGCGCUCUCGCUGCCGCACCUGCCGCGCGCGCGCACCACCUACGGCUUCUGCGCGCUGCUCGAGAGCCCGCACACCCGCCGCAAGGAGUCACUCUUCCUCGGGGGUGCCGGCGCCGCCCCGCUCCUGCCCCCGGGCGCAGCCCCGGACCCCGACCCCGCGCUCCCCGCUGGCCCCCGGCAGACCCCGGACGUGCCCGCGCCGCCGCCCCGCGCCCACCGCCUCCUGCGCGCCCCCGAAGGGCUGCUGAGCCGCGCGCUGCGGGCCCGGAGGAGCCGUGGCCUGCCGCGCGCCCGCUCCGUGUCAAGCGGGGACCACGACGACUACGAGCGCGGCGCCGGCUCGCGGCCCCCGGCCCGGGCACCCUCCGCGUCCCCGCCGCCGCCGCCGCCACCGCCUGGCCCCGACCCGCGGCCCGAGCGCCUGGAGGCCGAGGGCACCGUGGUCCUGGGCCGCGCCGGGGGCGCCCUACGCCUGGCCGCCGAGUACAGCCGGGCCAGUGGGCGGCUCCGCGUGCGGCUGCUCGGCGCCGAGGGCCUGCCCGCAGGGACCGCCGAGCCCCGCGCCGUGGGCUGCCGCGUCAGCUUCGUCCUGCGCUCUCCGGGCAAGACGCGCCCGCAGCGCAGCGCCGUGGUGCGGCCGAGCCGCAAGGCCGCCUUCGACCAGGACGUGUGCCUGGACGGGCUGUCGGAGGAGCAGGUGCGCCGCCUGGCCGUGCGCGUCAAGGCGGAGAAGCGGGGCCGCGGGCUGGGCCAGGGCGAGCUGCUGCUGGGCUCCCUGCUGCUCCCCUGAGGGCGCCGGGGCCUCGGGCCCUCCCCUUGGGGCGCUCUCCGCGCGCUGGGACCUCAGACCCUGACAGCCGCUUCAGACAAAAUAAAUGCUAUUUAUUUUUAUA